UAGUCCUGGGGGCCGGGACGGCAAGAUGGCGGCGCGAGCAGCGCUUGGCUCCAUGUGCCGGCGUCUCUGGCAGGGUUCAAGAAGUUUUUCUUUAAACAGUUCUAAGAGCAGCACAGCCAGAAAUGGUGGCUUUCUCCUCAGUACCAGUAUGAAGUGGGUGCAGUUUUCAAACCUACACGUUGAUAUUCCCAAGGAUUUGACCAAGCCUACGAUAACCAUUUCUGAUGAACCAGAUACAUUAUAUAAGCGCCUGUCAGUUUUAGUAAAAGGCCAUGAUAAGGCUGUAUUGGACAGUUAUGAAUAUUUUGCCGUGCUUGCUGCUAAAGAACUUGGUAUCUCUAUUAAAGUACAUGAGCCUCCAAAAAAAAUAGAGCGAUUUACUCUUCUCAAAUCAGUGCAUAUUUUCAAGAAGCACAGAGUUCAGUAUGAAAUGAGAACACUUUACAGAUGCUUAGAGUUAGAACAUCUGACUGGAAGUACAGCAGAUGUCUACUUGGAAUAUAUUCAGCGAAACUUACCUGAAGGAGUUGCCAUGGAGGUUGUAAAGACAAAAUUAGAACAGUUACCAGAGCACAUCAAGGAGCCAGUCUGGGAAACGGCACCAGAGGGAAAAGUAGAAAGCAAGUCCUAAAGUCUCAGCCAGUCCACUUGUGCCGGCAUUUGACCCAAGGGAGGGUCAGACAUGCACGUUGACAUAGAGGCUUCCAGUGGGCGUGACCGUGAGUCCACCUGACCGCUCUGUUGAGCCCACGUGCCCUGAUCAGCCCAAAGCAGGGGUGAAACUUUAACGCCACACUGGACCGUGGUGAAAACCACCUCACCUCCCCUUCUGUACACAUCGUUUCAGUUCCGAUUUUGACAAAUGUGAGCGAGCCACUUUGACUACUGUGCACCAAAAGCAUCACGUUUCUGUUGUUAUUCUGUUAUAGUUCAGUUAUUAGUUGGCACUGAUUUUAACUUGUAUCAUUUCAUUUGUCUGAAUGUUUGAAAUAACUCCUUACCCACAUUUUUUUUCUUUUCAGCUGCUUAGAAGGAACCCUCAGUUAAUUUGGUUAGCGUAACAACGUAACACUGAACGCUUAAAGUUUUUGAUACUUUUACCUAGUGGAAGCUGGCAGGUCCCAGUAUGGAGACGGUGACCUCCAAACUUUACCUCCUUUAAGGGCAGCAGUCUUGAAAAUGAACGUAGUGUGCAGCAGAUCACGCACAUUUGUGGCACACUCAGAACUCUUCUUGUCGCCCGAACCCUUGCCAGGCUGCUAGGAAGGAGCCGUGUAGUGGAAUUUGAGCUCCCAAGAAAUGACUUGUCUGCAUCCCUCUUUUCGUCCUGUGAUUCAUUCAUUCAACAGGCUUUUAUUUUGUUAGCUCUGUCACUGGCACUGUAGUCAGUACCGGACAUUGAAUGGAAAUAAUGGCUUUUGAAAACUGCAGGGCACAGAUAAAUAUUUUUCCUUAUUAAGUCCCACACUGAUAAGGCCUCUUUCUUUUGGUAAAUGGCAUUCUUUUUGUUUGGUGAUGUCUACAUUUCCAUGAAAUUAAAUCAUAGUUAAAGCCCUGAAAGAGGCAAGACUCCAGUGGGCCGAAACUGCCGGGGUGUCAUCCCCAAGGGAGUGCUGUGUUUCCUUUUCGCAGCAGAAUCAGACGUCUCUUGCAGUCUCCUUCACAUCUUUGGGGGCAGUUUUCCCCCCCUUACACUUAAACCGGAGUCCCUGUUCUCUUCUCCCUGACCUACUAUCAGGUGUCAGUGUUUUGAAUGCAUACUGCAUAUGUAUCAGACUUCCAUUACUGCCAUUAACAUGAAGAGAAUUGCAGCCUUGUGCCCCGUGACCUCACUCAGCUCACACUCGGUUGUUGACCGUGUCACUCACAGAUGCCUGAAGCAUGCGUAUCCCGGGUAUGAGCCUCGGGAUCAAGAGCUAGUCCAUAAAACAAGAGCGAUACAAUGGAAGAGUAUCUUGCAAAGCAGCAAUCUGUGGCCCAUUUUUACUUAAAAAAUAAAAUAAGAUAAAUCUAUAUCCACGUCUGAGGUUUUAUACAAACAGUAUUAAUCACUGUGUCACGAGAUGAUUUAUGCAGACUUGCUUCCAGGGACUCCUGGUGUGAGUUUCCUUUAAAGAUGUGCAGCUGUUUUCAGACUCGACGAACCUAUUACUUGGCACUUGAAAUUAUAUAUUAAAUCUUCUUUUAAGGUAAAUAUACAAAUAAACUACACACACAAGAAAAA